ACUCAGUCCCUUCUUGGAGAUGGCUUCAUGCUUGUGUCUCCAGUCCAGUCUGUUGUCCAGAUGAACACCGAGGUAUUUGUAAUCUUCCACCACCUCCCCCUACUCCCCAAUAAUGCAUGUUGAGCUAUUCCCGUUUCUUUCUAAAUCAUCCAAUUUGGUUUGUUCACAUUCAAGAUUAUGUGAGUGUCCCCACACCACGCCACAAAGUGGUCCACCAGCUCUCUGUACUCUUGACCAUCUCUCAUAAACCCGACGACUGCAGAAUCGUCUGAGUCUUUCUGCAGAUGACAGGUCUCCGACUUGUUCUGGAAGUCUGCAGAGUGAAAAGGAAUGGGGAGAGUACUGUACAGGCAUCAAAUGUACAAUUGUGGAAUAAGUUUCCCAACGAGCAGAUCAGUAUAAUAUAACAUUAAACAAAGAACAUAAACAGGGAAAUACCAGUUUAAAAACAUGCUUUUACACACAUAAUACAGAAAACAGAGAACUUUGUGCCAACUGGGGACGUGGUGAAAGAUCAUUUCACACUACUCUCCUCCUCCUUAGUUCAGAAGAAAAUAUUACCAUAUCUUAAACAUCGCUCGUAGGACAACAAACUGUUUUUUUAACAUGUUAAAAGUCUGAUUGUUUUUUUAAAGUAACAAUUGUACGUCUCAGUCACUUCAGUAGUGGAGGAACGCCAGCUCAGAGUGAAAGAGGAUCUAUUUCAGAGUUGAAACAAUCCAGCUCUCUGAUUGGAUGCUGAAAACCUGUGCUUCUCAAAAUUGAAACAACCCAGUCAUUUGAUUGGUCAAAUGUUGGAACUGAGCAGGGGGACACGCCCCUAACUGCUUCAUAACAGUGUCAUAUUAGGGUUAGUUAUGUUAUUUAAAAAAAAUGAGGAACGCUUCACGAAUUUGCGUGUCAUCCUUGCGCCUAGGGGAGGCAGUUCUUCUCAGUCCAUUUGUUCCAUUUUUCCAUUGGGUUAACCAAUCAAAUGGCUUGUUCCGAGUUUCCAUUGGGUUAACCAAUCAAAUGGCUGUAUCAACCGGUGGCCGGUUUUGUUCCAUGCCCGAGCGAUCCGCCAUUGCUCCACAUUGCUCUGAGAGAUCUGAGAGGUAAGAAGUAACUAUCUUUUAUACUUUUUAUUUGUAAACUUACAAAAAUUUAAAGCAUUACAGCUCGUUUAGCGGGAUUAAGAUGGUACAGGACUUUGUUUUUACCUUAAUGUUGUGAAAUGUUAACAUUGUUUUAGCUAGCUAGCGUGCUGCUGCAUUAGCUACUGCUAACCAAUAUGUGCUUGUAUUUACGUAAUUUUUUAAAUGAACACCAUCCUGGUUGCAUUAAAAACCACAUGUAAGUAUUUAUUCAACCAUGUUGUUCAUCAUCACGAUCGUGCAUGUUUGUGCUCUGAUUAGUUUUAGCUUCACUUAUAGAAAAUCCAGCCAAUAACUGGGUUUGCUAAUUAGCUUUUGGCUAGUAGAAAAUGUGAGUGUUUGUUUCUCAUGUUGUUUAUUUCACAUAAGACAGGACAGCACGUCAUGUAAACUAAUAAUAACAUUAAUGAAAAAUAAGAUAAUCUGUUACUGAUCAGCAGUUGCUAAGGUUUGGUAUGAACUGUAAACCUGGUUUUUCUGCAGCUUCUCAUCCAGUCGUUUCCUCCUUUAUUUAGAUGGAACAUCCAAAUUUUAAAAAGGCUCACAAUGGGACCCUGAUCCUCAGGGCCUCAGAUGAGGCAAAGGCCGUGGGACCCCAGAGGCAGGGGUACAGGGCCAAGCAGCCAGAGGAGGUGGAGGCGGAUGCAAGGGCCCACGUCACCAGCGAGGGUGGUGAUGUCAACAACGCCACCCUCGUGCUGAGCCGGUGGAAGGUCCAGUUUGGGACCUACCAGGGCAAGACUUUCCACUGGCUCCUGCAGAAUGACGUGGGCUAUGCCGUGAUGCUGGUGGCUUCUCACCAGAAGGAGCGAGAGAGGACAGGCUCUCAGUCCCCUCUGAUGGCCAACAAGGUGGGAUCUCUCAGGUCCCCUCCUCUGUGCAUAACAGAGUUUGAUCAUUCUAACCUUCACUUUGUGAACACACAGGACGCCUUCACCCGUUACUCCUUGGCGUACCCGGAGUUUGCUGAGGCGGUGCGGUUCCGGCAGGCGUUUGAGGAGGCGCGGGUGAAGUCCCUCCAGCCUGGUCAGGAGGGACAGGCCCUUGUUGGCUUUGGGGACUUCAAGUUUGAGAGCCUGCAGAGCCUGUACGACUCCAAGGACCCCAAAACGAUCCGGUUUGUCAACUACCUAAGGAGGAUGACGCCAGCUCCAGGCUCGCAGAUGGAGAACGCCGUCCGCUACGUGAAGAAGAGGGACAGACAGAGGGAGGGCGCUACUGCUGCAUCUGCCGCUGCCACCAGCACCACCUCCACCCCAGUGGCUGCCUCCGCCUCCAGCAGCAGCAGAGUGUCUGUCUGUCCUUCUUACCAGAGGCCGAAGGCUGCUUCUCAAUUUGCAGCCUUUGUGUCUGGGCGGCGUUCUCUGUCUGCGGUGGAAAUGCAGGCAAAACUAAAAAAGAUGGUGGCCCCUAAGCCUGCAUUUCCAUCCUCCUCAAGACCAGCUCGUCCACCCACAGCAUCUGGGGAGCCCAGUGAUGAAGAGCUGGUCCAGGCGGUAGUUGACCAAGGGCAACCUUCUGGAGUACAGGCACCUCUCCCGCUCCCUCCUCCUCCUCCUUCUCCGCCGCCUCCUGUGGCUGCAAAAAAAAACGUCUGCGGGACGGGAGGAACCCACAGACGAGGAACUCCUGGAGGCCGCACAAGAAACUCCAGCGCUCCCUGCUGCAGUCCUCCCUCCCCCACCUCCUGCUGCCAGCUCUAAGUUGCUGCCUGAGUCCUGGCAGGCAGCUCUGACUGCCGAACAGCAGGAGUGGAUCGGCCGGGUGCUGUUCACCAGGGACCGUGCUGGGAGGCCGCGUCUCAUCACGGAGCUCAGUCCCUGGUGGUACCCUCCCCAGCCCCGGGCGGUCUACACUCAGCCUCCCGCCUCUCCCGACCCCUUCUUUGCAUGUCGGCUCUUCCUGUGGAUGCCUCACAGG